AUGGAAUCAAUCCCAUCAUCCCAAACCUUCAAAUCCAGCCCUUCCCAUCCCAAACAUGUCGUUCCAUUAGACUUCAACAAUGUCCCUAAACUCCCAGAUUCCCAUGCAUGGAAGACGACCUUGCCUAUUGAUGAUCACCAGUUGAUUGACCCUUUUACCGAAGAACCUUUGCCCAUCAUUGACCUUGCCAAACCGGAUGUGUUUAACCUCGUAAGACAUGCCUGUGAGAAAUGGGGAGUGUUUCAAGUCACCAACCAUGGCAUUCCCGUUAGUUUCUUUUAUGAAAUUGAGUGUCAAACUCGGCGGCUGUUCUCGCUGCCCGCGGAACGCAAGCUACUGGCUGUCCGGUCACCGGAGGGCUUCACCGGGUAUGGCUUGCCCCGCAUCUCCCCCUUCUUUCCCAAGCUGAUGUGGUCAGAGGGUUUCUCCAUUAUAGGGUCCCCAGUGGAACAUGCUAGCCAACUUUGGCCUGAAGAUCAUUCCAAAUUCUGCGAGGUAAUGGAACAAUACCAGGCGAAGAUGAAAGGAUUAAGCGAGAAAAUAGUGGCAACAAUGCUUAGCUCCUUGGGCUUAACUCAUGAAGAUGUGAAAUGGUUUGAGCCCAAAAAUGGUUGUGACCAAACCACAUGCGUUCUUCAACUGAACUCCUAUCCAGUGUGCCCGGACCCAGGCCGAGCCAUGGGCUUAGCCCCUCAUACAGAUUCAUCUCUGCUCACUUUGCUUUACCAAGGCUGGGUUAGUGGCCUCCAAGUCUGCAGAGAUGGUGCAGGGUGGGUGGCAGUGGAGCCGGUUGAGGGCGCCUUGGUGGUCAGUGUUGGUGAUUUGAUGCAUAUCGUCUCCAAUGGCAAGUUCAAGCCUGUGUUGCAUCGUGCAGUUGUGAACAACACGCACCACCGAGUGUCGACAGCAUACUUUUACGGGCCACCACGGGAGGUCAAGGUCUCACCAUUAAGGAAGUUGAUCGACCAUGCUCAUCCCCCACUAUAUCGCCCGGUGACAUGGAAGGAGUACCUUGAAGCCAAGUCAAAACAUUUUAACAAGGCACUUGAGUCGAUUCGUCUUUGUUUGCCGCUGGCUGGUUACUCCAAGCUACAAGGGGACAAUUCACAAAUGGGAUAUCGAUGUCGUAUAAACCGAGGAACCACACGUAUGCACAAAAUGGGUUCAUCCAAAUUCUGGCUUAAGACAUCAACUUUUUGCCGCUGACUCCUGAUAUGUGAGU